GCAGCUGCUGUGGUCUAUCAUGGGACGGUGUGGGGGCUGCAGUUCCUUCCAAAGGUGGGUGUGUUUCUGUGGCAUUGUUCUUCUUCACUGUUGCUUCUCCUCAAAAGAGACUAGAUGAUAGGCAGAUGCUGAAAUGGGGCCUGUAGAUUUUGAACGUAUGAAAGAGGAAACUACCUUCUACCCCGUCAGAUCGCUUCUGCCAAGACUUCUCCUCUCCUGGUGGCGGGGGCUGUCUGGCCAAGUGUGUUUCCCAUCCUCUUCCAUCCGAGAUCCCUUGAACUGGAGGUGCCAGGCCUUGAUCCUGGGCCUGCAAAGCUAAGCAUGUCCUUUACUGCAGACGCGUGACUGAAGGCAACUCCAGAGAGCUCUCAUAUGAACACAUUUUUCCUCCCUCUGCAGCACGGAGCAGUGCUGUGUGUGACUCCUAAGGUUCUGGCGCAUUGAGUAUGCCAAUCUAAAAUCCAGCAUCUUCCUUUUGAUAGCAUUGAAAAUCCUUGGGAAAGGACUAGGGAAUCCAGGUAAGUCGUAAAUGGUAAAACAAGAACUGGAACCUUUAAACAUUUCAGUCCUGGGUGUGAGUGAAAUAAAGCAGGCCAGAUUAGGACAUUUUCAGCAAUCAAAUUAAAAAAUCUAUAUUUUACAUUUUUUUAAAAAAUCGGGAAAGAGAUUUAAAAAUGGAACUUCCAGAUCAAGUAUAGGGUAGCAUCUGUAAAAAGAAUAUGCUGUUUAUCAAAAAACAUGUGAAGAUAAGACCGAAUUGGCUGAAGGUGAUCUAGAAAUGGUACUCCACUCCAAGGAGGUUAGCAAAUGUUUCUGAACUCCACAGAGGUGCUUUGCCCGUUCCUGCCUCUGCAUAACCACCCUGGACUUCCUUGGUGGUCUCCCAUUCAAACGCUAACAGGGGCCAGCCCAGCUUAGCUUCCGAGAUUUGACUGGCCUGGGCCAUCCAGAACCAGUAAGCCAAUACAUAAUCCAUAUCCUUCCUUCCUCGUUGUAUUUUACACCCUAGCCAGUACUUUCCCCUCCCGGUGAACAGCCAGUUUCAUGUUGUCUGCAGAAGCCAGUCAGGCACUGGACUUAGUUCCACAAGAAACAUGGAAAAGGGAUCUUAGUAGGAGGGGAGAGCAAAAGUCAGUUGUGGUAAAACGAUCCUGCAGGCCUGUGUUGUGCCUCUGGGAAUGAGGGAUUUAUCCUGCUGGCUGUAAGCUUACAUUGCUCCACCUCAGCAAGGAGACCACCUCUGCCCAGUCUUUAUCUCAUUCCAUCCCAUUUCUUCAAGUCCAGUCGCAGUUCAGAGACCAACAGGAUUUCCAGAGCAUAGGUUUUCAAGAGUCAGGCCUUCCUUCAUCUGAUAUCUCUUCAAAGCUUACAUUCUGGAAAUGUUGUUGGUCUCUAAGGUCUUGACUGGAAUCGAAACUUGACAUUCUAGUGCAGACCAAGAUGGCUCCCUACCAGAAAAAAACUCCUUUAAUGUUUCUCAGAGCUGCCUCCAGAAGCCUCUAAGAGGUUUAUAGCCUUCGUGCAUGAAAAAACCCUUCUUUAAUAGUAUCACAACCCCCCCUUCCCUUUACAUCAGCCAACAAGGAAGUAGGGGGAAAUUCUUGAACUCUCCCUCAUAAGAGAUAUUCUGCAUAAAGCACGUGCCCCAGAAUGAAGGUUUUUAGGAGUGUAAGGAUCAAAGGAUACCAGUUUCAGAAAGGGGACUGUUUAUCGUAGACAGUAUAGCAUGCAAUUCAUUCAAACUUCUAGCCAGCCCUCCCCGCAAGUGGGCUCUGGGCGGCUUGCAACAAUUUCAAUACACGUUAAAACUACAGUAAAACAAUAGCAACAUCAGUUUCCAUUAAAAGAACAUAGUUCUAACAGAGUUUACUGUGGACCACCACUGCCAACAGUGUAUGGGGGGUGAGGGAGGCGCCAAGAUCGCCAUACCGGUAGAGACUGGUAGGGUGGCUCUAAGAUGGAUAGAGGACUGGCCUCAAUCAUAUGCCUGGGGGAAGAACUCAGUCUUCCAUAUCCACCGAAAGGAUAAAAGAUCUUGGCGGGCCCGUGUAUCUACUGACAGAGAGUUCCACCAGGUUGGAGUCAGGACUAAAAAGGCCCUGGCUCUGGUCAAGGCCAGUGUAGCCUCCCUGGGGCCAGGGACCACCAGUAGAGGUUUGUCAGCUGACCUAAGCACUCUCUGCGGUUCAUAUGGCGAGAGGCAGUUCCAGAGGUAUGCUGGUCCCUGUCCGCUAAGGGCUUUACAUGUCAAAAUGAAAACCUUGAAUCUGAUCCAGAACGCCACAGAGAGCCAGAGUAGCUGCUGCAAGAUGGAAGUGAUAUGCGCCCUACAUGGAAUACCUGUAAAGAUGUGUGCAGCAGCCUUCUGGACCCGUUGUAAUUUUCGGAGCAGACCGAAGGAGGAGGGUGUGAGAUGGCAAACGAAACAAAAGAGCAGCCAGUGGUGGAGAAAGAGGAUACAUAUCUCCAUCUGAAAGACAACAUUGAGCAUUCUGAUGAACUGAGGAAGAAUGGGGGGAAAUACGCACCCACACAGAGGAAUAAUUCUAGUCAUUCACAGGAUAAGGAUUCUCAACAGCAAAAAAUAUACAAAGAUAAUCGGAAUGAGAACAUUGAAAAAGAGGAAAACAUUCCAAAAAAAUCAGAUGUUAAUAUUCAACAUAACACCUUUGACAGGAAGAAAAUAUAUAAAUGUGUAGACUGUGGGGAAAUGUUCAAUUGCAGUGGAAGUCUAAUUUCCCAUCAAAGAGUUCACACAGGGGAGAAACCACAUAAAUGCCUGCAAUGUGGAAAAAGCAUCAAAAAAACUGGGGCUCUUACUGCCCAUCAAAGAUUUCACACAGGGGAGAAACCCUAUAAAUGUCUAGGUUGUGCCAAAAGAUUCAGGCAGAGUGGAACUCUUACUGUUGAUCAAAGAAUUCACUCAGAGAAACCAUAUAAAUGUCAGCAGUGUGGAAAGAGCUUCAAGGAAAGUGGAAAACUUAUUAUCCAUCAAAGAGUUCACACAGGAGAGAAACCAUAUAAAUGUCUGGAGUGUGGGAAAACAUUCAGACAGAGUGGACAUCUUACUGCCCAUCAAAGAUUUCACACAGGGGAGAAACCAUAUAAAUGUGUAGAGUGUGGCAAAAGAUUCAGGCAGGGUGGAGCUCUUACUGUUCAUCAAAGAAUUCACUCAGAGAAACCAUAUAAAUGUCUGCAGUGUGGAAAGAGCUUCAAGGAAAGUGGAAAACUUACUGUCCAUCAAAGAGUUCACAGAAGGGAGAAACCACAUACUUGUCUGGAGUGUGGGAAAAGAUUCAGGCACAGUGCACCUCUUACUGUCCAUCAAAAAAUUCACACAGGGGAAAACCCAUAUAAUUGUCAGGUGUGUGGGAAAAGAUUCAGACAGAGUGGAGAACUUACUGUCCAUCAAAGAGUUCACACAGGGGAGAAACCAUAUCAAUGUCUAGAGUGUGGGAAAAGAUUCAAUCAGAUAGGAAAUCUUACUGUCCAUCAAAGAGUUCACACAGGGGAGAAACCAUAUCAAUGUCUGGAGUGUGGGAAAAGAUUCAAGCUGAGCGUGCAUCUCACUGUCCAUCAAAGAGUUCACACAGGGGAGAAACCAUAUAAGUGCCUGCAGUGUGGAAAGUGCUUCAAGGAAAGUGGAAAACUUACUGUCCAUCAAAGAAUUCACAGAGGGGAGAAACCCUAUAAAUGUCUGGAGUGUGGGGAAAGAUUCAGGCAGAUAGGCAAUCUUACUGUCCAUCAAAGAGUUCACACAGGGGAGAGACCAUAUCAAUGUCUGGAGUGUGGGAAAAGAUAUGGGCGGCUUGUGCAUCUCACUGUCCAUCAAAGAGUUCACACAGGCGAUAAACCAUAUAAAUGCCUGCAUUGUGGAAAAAGCUUCAAGAGCAACGGACUAUGUACUAUCCAUCAAAGAGUUCAUACAGGCGAGAAACCCUAUAAAUGUUUGGAAUGUGGGAAAAGUUUCAGUCAGAGAGGAAAUCUUACUGCCCAUCAAAGAGUUCACACUGGGGAGAAACCCUAUAAAUGCCCGGAGUGUGGAAACAGUUUCAAGCAGAUUAGAUACCUUAAAUCCCAUCAAAGAAUCCACAAAGGGAAGGAAGCAUAGAAAUCUCAGAUUGCAUCCUACAGACAUUCUGGAGCGAUGGAGAAAAAACACUUGCUACUCUGUCAAGCCCAGGAGUCAUAGUGCCCAAUGACAUCCCUCUGAGUGGCAGAAACAGGCAGAGCCAACCAGUGUCUGCCCAUGCAGCCACAGCCCUUGUCCCACCCCUGCCCCACUGAAGCUAUUGAGGAUAGGGUGGGAAGACUCAGCAACUGCAGAACCCCAAAGGAGAAGCAUGAUGUCUGUGUCAGGAGACAGUGUACUCCAGUGCAUCCUCACUGAUGAGCCCUGAGGCGUUGCCAACCUCCAAGUGGGGCCUGCAGUUCUCCCAGAAUUACCCCUGAUCUCCAGCCCAUGGGCAUCUCCUCCCUGGAGAGCCAGUUUGUUGUGGUUAAGAGCAGCAGGACUGUAAUCUGGAGAUCCAGGUUUGAUUCCUCACUCCUCUACUUGAAGCCAGCUGGAUGACCUUGGGUGUAGGAAUUUUGAGAAUUUGCUGGAUCAUUCUGUGAGUCAUCUUCCAGAACUCCACCGCUUUUUUUACAUGUCCACCACAUAUGAUAAUGUGUACCCACCUUAGUUUCACAUUUCCAACAUUUGUUUGGCAUAUUUAGAGACAUGUUAGCUAUCUUAAUAGGAGUCAAGUGCCAUCUAUAAAACAUUUUGUAAAUAUUUUCUUUUAAAGAGGCAGAUUUUGUCAUCCUUAAAUUUUCUUUCCUCAUUUGCGACCAUUGCUCCAAAUCGAUUGUAUGCCCCACAUUUUCUGCCCAUUGUAUCAUAUUGUCUUUGACUUCGUCCCCCUGUAGUUUUACAUUUAAAAGCUCACCAUAUAUUUUCUUUACCAUUUUAACAUUGGUACCACACAUUAUCAUAUCAAUUUUCUCUUCUAUUUCAUAGAAACCCAUUGUCUUGCCUUUUUUAAAAUCUAGAUUCCAAUUGUGCCUGGCCCCACCAGCCCAAUUCUUUAUCUAGAUCAGUCAUUUCUUUUCUAUUUUUUAAUACACCUGGUUUCAGUAGCAUCUUAUAAGCGGGCAUCUUCCCACUCAUAAGAAGCUUAAUUAUGAUGUUCCCAUUUUUUGUACCACAAAAAUCCAUGCCAGCCCAUCAUUAGGUCCUGUCCUUCCAAAUGUAAAAGUCUUUCAUUUUCCUUUUUUUUAAUAAUAUUUUUUAUUUUUCAAUAUCUAACAUACAAAACUACUACAUACAUACAUAACCUACAAAACAGUAACUACAAAAGACUACAAUAGCACAAGGGAUGGGAAGGAAGGGAGAAAAAAGAGAAAGGGAAGGGGGGGUGGGAAAAAAGGGGAAGGUAACCUACAAACACUAAAC